AUGGGCUGUUCGUAGACGGACUUCAAAGCCCAUAACUCUCUUCGUAGUGACGACGCCACCGCGCCACUUACGUCUGGCGCAAAGGUCUGUUUUGGAGAAGAACGGAAGAUGGCGACCUCAAACAAUCCGCGAAAAUUUAGCGAGAAAAUCGCUUUGCACAAUCAAAAGCAGGCAGAGGAGACUGCGGCGUUUGAAGAAGUUAUGAAAGAUCUGAGCAUUACUCGAGCCGCGCGGCUGCAGUUACAGAAGACCCAGUAUUUGCAGCUAGGCCAGAAUCGUGGUCAGUGCUAUGGAGGUUCACUGCCCAAUGUCAAUCAGAUUGGAAAUAGCAACAUUGACCUGCCUUUUCAGACUACUGUUUUGGACACCAGCCGAACGAGCCGGCACCACGGCUUAGUGGACCGCGUGUAUCGUGAUAGGAACCGGAUCACAUCCCCACAUCGCCGGCCUCUGUCUGUGGACAAACACGGGCGUCAGAUUGACAGUUGUCCUUAUGGCUCUGUUUAUCUUUCACCUCCCCCUGACACCAGCUGGAGGAGGACUAAUUCAGACUCCGCCUUGCAUCAGAGUGCCAUGAAUCCUGCUCCACAGGACUCUUUUGUGGGAGGCUCCCAGGAAUUGCAGCCAAAGCGAGUCCUGUUGCUCACCCCCCCUGACACAGAGGAACCUGAAGGAGAAAUGGAAAAAGAUGACCAGAAGGCAUCACUACGUCCCAAAUCCCAUGACGUUCCAGGGAUUAACAUUUUCCCAUCGCCCGACCAAGAGGUGACCACCUCCUUGAUGCCGGCCGCGCACAACACAGGGGGCUCCCUGCCCGACCUCACCAACAUCCAGUUCCCCCCUCCGCUGCCAACACCACUAGACCCAGACGACCCAGUGGCCUUCCCCACCGCCAGCGCCUCGGGCAGUGCGGGUAACCUGAGCACCAACCUCACCCACCUGGGCAUCAGCACCGCCGGCCACAUGCCUGCCUCUCCCCCGGCACUGAGUGGGCCGACCCAACACGCACCGCCUACCCUCGCACUGAGCAUCGACGCCCAGCAGGCACAGACGGCGUGCCCUCAGCAGCUGUCCCCAACCCUCUCUCCCACCCUCUCGUCUCAGAUGCCCAUCACUCAGCCGAUCACAGUGGACGGCAUGUCCCUGGAGCAGCAGCUGUCACAGUACUCCCUCCUCAGUCUGCUGAGCGACCUGCAGAAGCAGCAGCAGACCCUACCGCAGAGCAUCCGCCUUAUCCAGCUGCCGCCACUCGCCGUAACCUCCGGCGCGACCCCCGCCUCCCUCACCAGCCAGUCUCCGACGGCCACCAGCGCACCCGUCAGCUCGCAGUAUCGCAGUCAGACUGGGUCUCCGGCCAACCAGUCUCCGACCUCCCCCGUCUCCAACCAGGGCUUCUCGCCUGGAGGCUCGCCGCAACACAUUCCCGUGGUGGGCAGCAUCUUUGGGGAUGCGUUUUAUGAGCACCAGCUGGCAUCCAGACAGACCAACGCUCUGUCCCAUCAGCUUGAGCAAUUCAACAUGAACAUGAUCGAGAACCCAAGCAGUUCUAACAGCCAUUACAAUCAGUGCUCCACACUCAACUACACGCAGGCAGCGAUGAUGGGUCUGACUGGAAGCCACGGCAACUUGCAGGACACCCAGCAACUAGGCUACAGUAACCAUGGCAACAUUCCUAACAUUAUUCUCACAGUGACCGGUGAGUCCCCGCCCAGCCUCUCCAAGGAGCUGAGCAGCUCACUGGCGGGCGUGGGCGACGUCAGUUUCGAUGCUGACUCACAGUUCCCACUGGACGAGCUGAAGAUUGACCCGCUGACCCUCGAUGGACUGCACAUGCUCAAUGACCCGGACAUAGUGCUCGCCGACUCGGCCACCGAGGACACAUUCCGCAUGGACCGGCUGUGACCGGGCUCUACAAGGACCCGCCCCCGCCCCGCCCCUAAAGAGGAGGAGGUCGGAGAGAGCGCUUUGUUGUGCAGCUGCAUGGCCACCCAGUUCAUUGUCCAGUCCGCGGACCCUGCCCCCCACCGCCUCCCCCUGUACGGCACCUUCAAUAGCAUGCUGCCAAAGCCGUCCAGGGGAGGCAGGAGCUCAAGCGCAGAGGUGGAGUGGCAUCGCUAGGUUGUGAGGCGGUUAGUUCAAGACCGCAUCCUUUGUACAAGUGUGCGCUAUACCCCUCUUUAGGCCUAUAUAUUGAUUUUGCUUUAUUUAUUUUAGGUUUUUCUGUUUUGUUUUGUUUGUUAUACUCUUAUUUGUCUUGUUAGUGUCAUUUGUGUUUAAGUUUUUUGUUCUGUUUUUCAAGAAAAGAAAGUCGUGUGAUGUGGUUAUAUUGAACCUUACUGAACCUAAAUAUUGAACCUCUUUGAUGCCCCUUUUUCCAAAAGACUCACCUUUAUUUUUGCAUACCAGAAUUCAGAAUUUCUUUGUGUUUAUUUAUUUAUGUAUGUUUCAUGUGUUUCAUCUUCAUAUAUUUAGCAUAUUAUGUGAACUGCCAAAUUUCUUUGUCAGUCUGUUCUUUUUUUUUUUUUUUUGUUAUGUAAUGCCAUGUGGUUUUUUUUAUUGUUCAUUUGAGUGUGGUUGUUGAUAGGAGUGUGUGUGUCUUGGUGUGCGGUUUGGGUGUUUUUUGUGUUGAAGUUUCUGUAUAUUUAGAUUUUUUUUUAUUAUUUAUUGAACCUUUUAUUUAAUACUAAGGAGUACUACUCCCCCCUGUACUACUGUUAUGCGUAUAAGAGAGCAUCGCUUACUAUUGUAUAUACUUUAUGACUGUAAAAAUAACCAUAACACUUGGAACCCUCCACAAAACAUUUUAAUUUCUCUCAUAUAAACCUAAACCACAAGGUGACGGUCCAUGUGCUGGCAUUAUUGUUUUUGCAUGUUUGUCGGUGAAUUCACAGAUUGAAUUGCUGGUCACAGCACCUUGCCCAUCUUUUUGGUAUCGGUGUUGUAAAAGUGUCUGUAGAAGUUACGAGUCUCUGCGCGUUCCUUGUCAACAAGGUUGCUUGUUUAGUUGCAAGUUGAAGACGUUCAUGCGGCCGUUGACUCCUGAUUUGUGUUAAAAUGGCUGUCAUCAUGCAGGGCCAGAACGGUUAAAGGGAAGCUUCAGAAAGCUGCUGAACUCAUCACUGUGAGCUGACCUGAUUUUGCCUUAUGAACAAAAAUAAAAUGCUGUAUUUAAGAUGUCGGCGUGACGUCGAGUUUCCUACUCGUCCCAUUAAUGUUUAUUCUCGUAUCCGAAAAGAUUUCCGACCAUGCACAGUUGGUGGCGGUGUUCUGUUUUUAUAAAUGCAUUUUUUUCAAUUAAGUACUGUAUGACGUGUAGGUCAAAUGUCAAAGUGAAGUGGAGGAUCUGUUGUAAGGUCAGACGUCAGGCGUCUGAGCUGCUACGGGAGUGGGGAGGGUACUGCUCCUUAUUUUUGGUGGUGUUUACACAAUUGUUGUUCUUGUCAAUCAUAUAUAUGUAUAUGUUUGUGUAUUUGUUUUAGUCUUGUCUGACGUUCUUUGAUAUCUUAUGUGUUGUGUCCCAAAUGCAAAUUUUUAAGGAAUCACAUCUUUAUAUUUAUGUACACUAUGAAAUUACAAGAAAAAAUACUGUUAUUCACUGUUUGAUGCCAUAUGAAAUCAUGGCAUAAUUCAGCAUUAUAAUUCUGCUUUUGGCAGCCUGGAAAUUAAAGCACUUGGUCACUGCACAAAAAUGCAUUGGUACCAAAUCUUUAGUGGCAAAUGACAAGUAUGCCAUUAAUUGUUUGUGAACAAUAAUAUUGACAGUAUUGUUUACAAAAAAUAUCAUGGCUCUAGGGUCAGUUCAAUUUGACCUUUUGGAAAGUUUAUUUUAUCUAUACAGUAUAUAUUUUUGUUUUAGCAAAAGAAUGGUUAUAUCAGUUUUAAUUAAAUUUAUCCAAGAGUCUUGGUCUUGCCUUUGCUGUAUACCAAGCAGUUCAUAUGUAAUUGGACAGUCACAAAAUGUUUGUCUUGGCUCUACGGUCCAUUGGGUUUAAAGUGAUACAAUGACUAUGAGAUUAAAGUGCAGAAUAUCAUCACUGUUUUAAGAAUAUUUACGGUUAUAGUUGUUGAACCAUAUUUACAUCCAUUUUUUAAUAGAAUACACCUGCUACCCACUCCCGCUUACAUUUGAUUAGACUAUUGGACAAAUUAAGAAUUAUAGCAAAAUUGUCACCAGCAGUAUUUGUUUGCAAAAUAGUUUGCAGUCGAUAUAGUUUGCAUCCCAUAUAAAUCACGAGACACUCAGGAUCCUCCCUGGUGAUGGUUUGCCAUAACUUUAAUUCAGCCAGUUCAGUUUCUGCUUUUUUCAGAGGCUUUCUGCCUUCAGAAGUUAAUAAGUAAAAUGCAUGCAUGGGUUCAGGUUAUUCGCUUGGCCAAGUGAUAUCGUAUUUUUGCUAAAUCCCUUGUCUGGAGUUUUUCAGGACCAUCAUCUUGUGGCAAGCUAAAGUACUAACCACAGCAUUGAGGCAUAGAGGGAUCUAAGCAGUUAAGAUGCUUCUGGACAUUUCAGAAUUCAUGCCGUUGCUAGCCAGAAGCCCCAUUGCCAACAAAGAUGAGUGAACUGGUUCCACUAUCAGCAGUUCACAGAGAGGGACUGUCCCUUUUCACUUUUUAGUAAACUGUAAGCAGAACUUUUUACUCUCAAGGCUAAUGGGAGAUUUUGUACCUUCUUGUGUAUCCUCUGAGGUUGUGGUGGUGUGUUAUUCUGUAUAUUAUAGUCUUUAAGCUAUUUACUAUAUCAUAGAUAGUGUUCCUGAUCUGUUGAGAGAAUUUUCCUCAUGAUUGAAAGGAUUCUUGACUUGUUCAGUUACUGGUCUUCCAUGUUCUACCAUAAUAUUGGUUCUUGCUAUUGUACUUCAUCUGGUUGUUUUUUAGUCUCAUGAUAGCCUGCUUAGUGUUACCAAAAUGUUUGGUCUUUAUGUGUAGCAAAAACAUCAAGAGACUAGAAUGACAUGCUACAUUUAGAAUGCUUAUUUUCUUAGCUCUCUUAUCCAUAAAGUAAUAAUGACACAGAGCUGCCCAAAACACAGCUGACCAGCAAAUAGUCUCAUUACUUCUGUUUGUCUGAAAUAGUGGUGAUUACUUUAUAGUUCUCCAAGUAUAUCUAUAAAUAGCCUUGGGUUAAAGCUGACAAAAUGCACUUUAAUCACAUGGUCCUUGGAUUCAGUUCAGAUCCAAUAUCCUGGAGUACAGAGCUAAAGUAAGCAAGUAUUUUGCCUCCAUCCAAUUACUUACAGACUGCAUUAUAUUUGGUCUUCAAUGUGAAGCCAGUUGUGUUACAAAUCUUUGUAAGGGUUAUGACUUUAAAAAACAAAUUGUGAAAUGUGAACUGUACAGAUGUGUGAUUCCUAUGCAAACAAGAGAAAUCUAUCAAUUUAGAAAUUCAAAUAUAUCUUGUCAAACUAUGUGAAAUGGUUUAUAUAUUGUAGCUGUAAAGCUUUUAAAAUAGCAGUGCACAGAUGAUGUAGUUGGUUUAUUAGGCAUUUUAAACAGGUCAUACAAAAACCACUACUAGAAUCUAAGACAAGCAGCAGUUUACAGUGUGCAGUGUUACAGACAAGGCCACGUUUAAACUGAAUUGUGAUACAAACUCUUUAAGAUUUUCUUUGCCCUCAAACCAUUCAUAAUCAUCUUCUUUUAAAAAAAAGUGUCGGGUUCUGUUUUCUUUUUUGAAGUGUAUUAUUCCAAUGCUUUCUGCUCAAAUACUUGUAUGGUAAAUACUGUACAUAGAGCUUAUCACUAGGCUAUGAUGACUGCAUGUCAAAAACAAAUGGAUCUUCAGUGAGGGGCCUUUCUAAGACUGGCUGAUUUCAUUAUAUUAAAAAAAUGUGCUGCACAUGAUACACUAUGGACUCUUCAGCCAGAUGCAGUGCAUGCUUUGAUCAAAACAGUGUGGUUUCAUUUGAUUGAAUAUCACUCACAUUUACAUACUUGGUGGUAGAUCACCUCUGAAAGUACAGUGUAUGGGGCUCCAUAUGAGAUGUUGUGCAUCACACCAAAUGACCUAUUGCUUGACCAAAGCAGUUAUGUUCUUUUAUUUUUUCAUAUUGUAACUGCUAAUUUACCCUAAUAGUUGUUUUUGGGUUUUUUUAAUAACUAAUUUUUUUUAUUGUAUUUUUGUGUGUGAUUUUUUUUUCUUUGGCAUGGGUUUCGUUUUUUAUUGUCAUGAUUGUAGCAAGCUUGAUCUUCUUCUUCAUCAGUUGAAACUCUUGUCAGCACUGAUGCUCAGCUUAGCUCCUGCAUCUUGAGUUGUUCAACAUCCCAAAUCCUUAUCAUAAUCACUGAUAUAUAUCACAACGAGUCACUGAUAUAUAUGGCAGCUUAUGUGCUACUGUAUGUGUGUGUGUGUGUGUGUGUGUGUGUGUGUGCGUCUCUCUUUUUGUAUCUUUUCUUAGUGUGUUGCUUCGCUCUUUUUCCAGUGGCUAUAUGGCAUUAAAUUUGGACUGUUUUACCCUCUGAGAACACUGACUGUUUAGCUCUAUAGAUUUUAUCAUGUUUUUUUUUUUUCUUUAAGGAUGGCUAGUCCCUGUAAUCAAGGCUAUUUUUUCUUAAUGUGAAAUUCUUCUGGGUGAAUUCUCCACUGUUUUGCACUGAUAACGUUGAGGGAUAAUACUUUUUGGAGCAAAUAUGUAACUUCUCAAUGCAAACUUUAAAAAAAAAAAGGGCUCGGUCUUUGUGCUCUGUUGUAUAAAAUUGGGAGAUGCAGCCAGAAUGUAUGUUGUUUUUUUGUUUUUUUUUUGUCCAUAGUUCUACAGUAGUUUUCCUCAUGCAUGGUAUUAGCAGUUCAACAGGCCAUUCUGGGCUGUUUAUGGAAUUGUUUCCGAUCUCAGCAGCAGUUUCUUUAUGAAUGCAAAGCCCCUUUAAAGGAGCCUCCUUCAACUUCCCCAAAAAGCCUUAAAAGGACUGCUGAGCAGUUGCUAUGGUUCUCAUGUAUCUGCCAACUUUCCACCAUUAUGAUAAAUUAAUGAGGAAGUGGUUCUCUUAUACCAGAAUAUUUGUUGGUAAAUCUUUAGAGUAAUAGAGCGUAGCCUAUAAAAAAUAGAUACAGUAUAUACGAUCUGCCAAAUGUAAGUGCCAUCUGCAUUGAUUUACUAUUUAAAGAUUUUGAUUUAGUAAAAAAAAAAAAAAAAAACUGCUUGUGAGAAAGUUAGAUAAAGGAUUUGCUUAAACCCUGCAGUCACUCAGAUCAGAAACAGUGCUGUUUAUAUGCAUUUUAAGUACUUGUGACGAGAUGGAAAGCCAUUGUCGGCUGGCACUUUUUACCUGCUGCGUAUGGCCGAACAUUUUCAACAGUGUUUUCGAAAGGCGACAUUAUUCACAGAUGUAGAACUCUCAUGUAACUGUAUAGAUUUUCUGAUGUGCUCCAUAUGUUUGUGGAAAUGGGUUGUGGAAGGCCACGUUCUCUUUGUACAUAGUCUCAGUGACCGUUUCAUGGGUGUUUUCCGUUCCAAAAGUUAAAUGCUAAAUGUGGAUGUGCAUGAUGUCUCGGCUACAUAUAUCAGAUCCUUCUUAUUACAUCCUUUAUAUUUUGUAAUCUGUAUUUCUGUACGUGUUUUUAAAAUAUAUACAUUUAAACUGC